AUGGCCGCUAACGGUACCUACGCUCUCUCGCAAGAGCACAAGGACUUACUCGAGAAAUCCCUUCUCGACUCUGACCCGGAGGUUGCAGAGAUUAUGAAAAAAGAAAUCCAGCGACAGCGAGAGUCCAUCAUCCUGAUUGCGUCUGAAAAUGUCACUUCGCGUGCCGUUUUCGAUGCCCUAGGCUCUCCUAUGUCCAACAAGUACUCCGAAGGUUACCCUGGUGCUCGAUACUACGGUGGAAACCAGCACAUCGACGAGAUCGAGCUUCUCUGCCAGAGGCGUGCUCUUCAGACCUUCCACCUCGACCCGGAACAAUGGGGUGUCAACGUUCAGUGCCUCAGCGGUAGCCCGGCCAACUUACAGGUUUACCAAGCCAUCAUGGCCCCUGGUGGUCGAUUAAUGGGCUUAGACCUCCCUCACGGUGGCCAUCUGAGUCACGGAUACCAGACUCCUUCCAGAAAGAUCUCGGCCGUCUCAACUUACUUCGAGACCAUGCCUUACCGAGUAGACCUCACCACUGGCAUCAUUGACUACGACAGACUCGAGGAGAACGCCCAAUUGUUCCGUCCUAAGGUACUUGUCGCCGGUACCUCCGCUUACUGCCGUGAGAUCGACUAUGCGCGUAUGAGGAAGAUUGCUGACUCUGUUGGCGCUUACCUUGUCGUUGACAUGGCCCACAUCUCUGGUCUGAUCGCUGCCGAGGUCAUCAAGUCCCCAUUCCCCCACGCUGACAUCGUCACUACCACGACCCACAAAUCUCUCCGUGGCCCCCGCGGCGCCAUGAUCUUCUUCCGAAAAGGCGUUCGCAGCACCGAUGCCAAGACCGGAAAGCAGACCUUCUACGACCUCGAGUCAGCAAUUAACUUCUCUGUCUUCCCUGGCCAUCAGGGCGGCCCCCACAACCACACCAUCACCGCCCUCACUGUUGCUCUAAAGCAGGCCCAGACUCCCGAAUUCAAGGCCUACCAACAACAGGUCGUAUCCAACGCGAAGACUUUGGAGAACAAGUUCAAGGCUCUUGGCUACAAGCUCGUCUCCGACGGAACCGACUCGCACAUGGUUCUUCUUGACUUAAGACCCCAGUCCGUUGAUGGUGCACGUAUCGAGGCUGUCCUCGAGCAGAUCAACAUUGCCUGCAACAAGAACGCUACCCCUGGCGACAAGUCCGCUCUUACUCCUUUCGGUAUUCGUAUCGGUACUCCCGCCAUGACGUCGCGUGGUUUCGGAGAACAAGAUUUCGAGCGCGUCGCUAGCUACAUUGACGAGAGCAUUAAGAUUUCUAAGGAACUUCAGGCCAGCCUCCCCAAGGAAGCCAACAAGCUCAAGGACUUUAGGGCUAGACUUGCUGUUGGUGAUAUCGCCAGAAUCAACGAGCUUAAGAAGGAAAUUUCUUCUUGGUCUCAGACCUUCCCUCUUCCCGUUGAGGGCUGGAGAGUGGAUGCUGGCAUCUAA